CCCGGCCGGGCGGGGAUGCUGGGGCGGAGGGCGCAGUGGCUGUGCUGGUGGUGGGGGCUGCUGUGCAGCUGCUGCGGGCCCCCGCCGCUGCGGCCGCCCCUGCCCGCCGCCGCCGCUGCCGCGGGCGGGGGGGCGCUGCUGGGGGACGGCGGGAGCCCGGGCCACGCGGAGCAGCCGCCGCCGCCGCCGUCCUCCUCCUCCGGCUUCCUCUACCGGCGGCUCAAGACGCACGAGAAGCGCGAGAUGCAGAAGGAGAUCCUCUCGGUGCUGGGGCUCCCGCACCGGCCCCGGCCCCUGCACGGCCUCCAGCAGCCGCAGCCCGCUGCGCUCCCGCAGCAGCAGCCUCGCGGGGAGCCCCCUCCCGGGCGGCUAAAAUCUGCGCCCCUCUUCAUGCUGGAUCUGUACAACGCCCUGGCCGCCGACGACGACGAGGACUGGGCGUCGGAUGAGGAGAGGCGGCAGCACGGGCCCCGCGGAGGGGUCGGCUCGUCCCAGCCCCGGCAGCCGCCCCCCGGCGCGGCGCCCCGGGUCAACAGCAAGAGCCUCCUGGCCGCGGGACCCGGCGGUGGCGCGUCCCCACUGACCAGCGCGCAGGACAGCGCCUUCCUCAACGACGCGGACAUGGUCAUGAGCUUUGUGAACCUGGUGGAGUACGAGAAGGAGUUCUCCCCUGGCCAGCGGCACCACAAAGAGUUCAAGUUCAACUUAUCCCAGAUUCCUGAGGGUGAGGCGGUGACGGCUGCAGAGUUCCGAAUCUACAAGGACUGUGUUGUGGGGAGUUUUAAAAACCAAACUUUUCUUAUCAGCAUUUAUCAAGUCUUGCAGGAGCAUCCGCACAGAGACUCUGACCUAUUUUUGUUGGAUACCCGCAUGGUGUGGGCCUCAGAAGAAGGCUGGUUGGAAUUUGACAUCACAGCCACUAGCAAUCUGUGGGUCGUGACCCCGCAGCACAACAUGGGGCUUCAGCUGAGCGUGGUGACUCGGGAUGGACUCACCGUCAACCCUCGAGCGGCAGGCCUGGUGGGCAGAGACGGCCCUUACGACAAGCAGCCCUUCAUGGUGGCCUUCUUCAAGGUCAGCGAGGUCCACGUGCGCACCACCAGGUCGGCCCCCGGGCGGCGCCGACAGCAGAACCGCAACCGCUCCACCCAGUCCCAGGACGUGUCGCGGGGCUCCAGCGCUUCUGAUUACAACAGCAGUGAGUUGAAAACGGCCUGCAGGAAGCAUGAGCUUUAUGUGAGCUUCCAAGACCUGGGCUGGCAGGACUGGAUCAUCGCACCCAAGGGCUACGCCGCCAACUACUGUGAUGGAGAAUGCUCCUUCCCACUCAACGCGCACAUGAACGCAACGAACCACGCAAUUGUGCAGACGCUGGUUCACCUUAUGAAUCCUGAGUAUGUCCCCAAACCAUGCUGCGCGCCAACCAAACUAAACGCCAUCUCAGUUCUUUACUUUGAUGACAACUCGAAUGUCAUCUUGAAAAAAUACAGGAAUAUGGUUGUCAGAGCUUGUGGAUGCCACUAACUCGAAACCAGUUGCUGGGGACACAAAUAUGGCCUUGGGUUCCCAGAUGACAUCUGCCUUAAAAAACAUUCAGAAGCACGGCGAAGGGGGAGGCAAGCCUUUGAAGCCACCCUGGGCUGGUUGGUGCCUUACCGCCCAAGGAAGAACUUAAAGGGCCUCGUUAAGAAUUUGCUCACACGGUAGAUAACGUGGGCAGUUGCUGGUCUGCAGGAAGCGGGGUUUGGAUGUCUGUAGUAUGAAGUCUGGGAACUACAGAAACGUAACUUUGAAGGGUUCCCCCCAACACCCCCCAAAAAAGAGCCCACCAAAAUUAGUUUUAGCUUUAGACCAAGCUAUUUGUGGUGUUAGUGAGUCAAUAGGGAAAAUAAUCUUAAAGGAGUAAGAAUACUCUUGGCUAAAGUACCAGCCGGUUCUGUAGUGUCCGUCAGAGGUAGAUCUAUAUAGACAACGGGAACUGGGCGGAAAUGCCUCCCUUCACAGACGGCCUUGGCGCAGGGCAGGUUCAAGCAGGGGCAGCAGCCCGGGCCGACCCGGGGGCUCCGUGAAGUGCCUUUUCUUUCCGCCCCUGCCCUUAGCGUUUGUGCUGGAGUUCUGUCCGUGUGAAAAUACAGUCAUUUCGGUCAAACCAACCGUGUCAUUUCCACACCUCAGUCCCUACCCCCCCAUUAGCUGUUCUCCUUGCUAGCACCCAAAGUAGAGUGAGCGGGUGUUGCGGGGAGGCUGGGGAGGCACGUUAGCCGGGCGCCGCAGGAAACCAGUGCUGCACCUCUUCUCUUUUGGGAUGGCUCUCCGAAAAGCACAUUCACUCCAGGAACGCCGGCUCUAAUAUUUCACCUAUUUCAGUAAAAUGGUUCCAUGCCUUUUCCUCGACAGCAUGCCAAGUGGCGGGGUUAGGUCCAGCAAAGGAAACAAAAUGGGGAAGGACCGCCAGGAGAGGGUCUGGAUAGGCAAGCCCUUAUGAACCCAAAUCCCAGUUUUCUCUUGUAGAAAGGAAGACUCAGAUGAAAUCGUAGAAUAUUUUUAAAGUGUCUUUUUCACGAUCAUGUACUAGGAAGCCAAUUUCAUACUAAACUGAUUAAAUAAUACAUUUAUGAUCUAAAA